ACCUGCCUAAGCUUGAUAUGAUUAAUCCUUCCCAUCAAUAAAAAGAAGACAGACAGAAAUUUGGUUGAAAUUAUAAUAAAUCAUAUCCUUUUUUUAAGCUAAAAAUAAAGGACAAAACUUGGGAGUGAGUUUAGGAUUAAAAAAUCCAAGGCAGGAGAGGAGAGAGAUAAGAGGAGUUCAGUUCUGGGGGUUUGACUUGUGAAUUGGAAGAUCUGCUUUGGUACUCCUUUUAUUCGUCCUCUUAUCUGGAGCCAGAAAAGACGGCCAUCAUCGUAAAACUCACACACCCCAUCAAUCGUUCCAUAUUAAAAACAUACCUCAAAAGUCUAAUUUUUUUUUCUGGAUUCCUACCAAUUACGAACUCAGAUUUAAUCUCAUGAUUAGUUUGCGAGAUGAGGCUUAGAUUCAAGAUAUGGGUUGUGUGUUUGGGCGAGAGGUAUCAUCAAGAACAGUGUCCGAGUCCAAGAGGGAGAGUAGGGAUUCGAGUGUAGCAUCCACAAGGAAAGUAGAUGAGGUUUCGACAGGGAAGGUAGAAGAAAGCAAUGUUGUUGAGGUUCAUGACGAGGGGACCACCACUGAAACCCAGAGCCAGAAGGAGAAAAAGGGUGAUGGAGGAGAUCAGAGGCCACCCAAAGAGGGAAGAAGAAGGUCGAAGCCCAAUCAAAGAUUGAGUAAUCUGCCCAAGCAUGCUCGAGGAGAGCAGGUGGCAGCUGGCUGGCCAAUCUGGCUCACCGACGCAUGUGGGGAGGCUCUCGACGGUUGGAUUCCAAGGAGGGCUGACACGUUUGAGAAGAUUGAUAAGAUUGGAUCAGGUACAUACAGUAAUGUUUACAAAGCUAAAGAUAUGUUGACGGGUAAAAUUGUUGCUCUAAAGAAGGUUAGAUUUGACAAUCUGGAGCCUGAGAGUGUGAAGUUUAUGGCUAGAGAAAUUCUAAUUUUGCGGAGAUUGAAUCAUCCUAAUGUUGUAAAGUUGGAGGGUUUGGUUACGUCGAGGAUGUCUUGUAGUUUGUAUCUGGUCUUUGAGUACAUGGAUCAUGAUCUAGCUGGACUUGUUGCAAGCCCAGAUAUCAAAUUCACAGAGCCCCAGGUCAAAUGCUACAUGCAUCAACUGCUAUCUGGGCUUGAGCACUGUCACAAUCGUGGUGUGCUUCAUCGUGAUAUAAAAGGAUCAAAUCUUCUUAUUGAUAAUGAAGGAGUACUUAGGAUUGCUGAUUUUGGAUUGGCUUCUUUCUUCGAUCCAAACCACAAGCAUCCCAUGACUAGUCGAGUAGUAACUCUAUGGUAUCGACCUCCAGAACUUCUUCUUGGGGCUACUGAUUAUGGUGUGGGUGUGGACCUGUGGAGUGCAGGUUGCAUUUUGGCUGAAUUAUUGGCUGGGAAGCCCAUAAUGCCUGGUCGUACAGAGGUGGAGCAACUACAUAAGAUAUACAAACUAUGCGGCUCACCAACUGAUGAAUACUGGAGAAAAGCAAAGUUGCCAAAUGCUACCUUGUUUAAGCCCCGAGAACCUUACAGAAGAUGUAUAAAAGAAACAUUUAAAGAUUUCCCACCAUCUUCACUGCCCCUUAUUGAUUCUCUUCUUGCAAUUGAUCCAGCUGAACGUAUGACAGCUACAGAUGCUUUACGUAGUCAGUUCUUCAUGACAGAACCAUAUGCUUGUGAACCUUCUAGCCUCCCAAAGUAUCCCCCAACCAAGGAGAUAGAUGCUAAGCGUCGAGAUGAUGAAGCUCGGAGACAAAGAGCUGCUAGUAAAGUCCAGCCUGAAAACGCAAAGAAACCACGCACUCGUGAGCGUGCUGUUAGAGCUAUGCCUGCUCCAGAAGCCAAUGCUGAGCUUCAAGCUAAUAUUGAUAGACGGCGUCUAAUCACGCAUGCAAAUGCAAAGAGCAAAAGUGAGAAAUUUCCUCCACCACACCAAGACGGAGCGGUUGGCUUUCCUGUGGGAUCUUCACAUCAUAUCGAUCCCUCUGCUGUUCCUACCGACGUACCUUUUAGUUCAACCUCAUUCACUUACCAGAAAGGACCAAUACAAACUUGGUCAGGUCCAUUGGUAGACUCAGCUGGGGUUGGGGCUCCAAGGAGAAAGAAGCACACUACAGGCGAUGCACGAGAAACUUCAAAAUCUCAGUCUUCCCAUAGAGAUAGACACGAAGAUGCUCGAGUUAAAGGAAAGAGGAGUGUGGCUUAGACUUUCACACUGCAUAUGAUCAAACUCAUUGCAUUGGUCUGUUGGAUGCCUCCGCUGAUAUAACUUUGGGAGUGGCAAGCAGCAGGCUAUUUGGGCAAGUGAAUAAACAAAUCAUCACAGCUUCUCACAGGAUAGUGUAACUGUAAUGUUUGGUAAAAAAAAGUUCAGGGAUAAAAGCAAGCAAUUUUUUUUAAUACCCCUUUUCAUACUUCUUUCUUUUUCCCCCUCCUUGUCUCAAAGAAAAUUAUUUUUUAGUUAAAUUUGUUGGAUGGUUAGACACUGCCUCUAUUAUGUAUAUCUUGAUUCUUUCUUUGGAGAUUGUGGUGUUGAAAAUUGUGACACUUCGUGAAAUAGUGAAGAGAUCUAAUAUAUGCUCGAGAGCCUCUUUUAUGUCUCCA